AUGGCCACAAUCACACAGACCGUCAGCAGCCCUGCGCCCACGCUCUCCACCGCGGCUGAUGACCGAAUCGUCGUCAACGGGAUGGCGAAAGACUCGAAUCCGCCCCAGCUGCAGAUUUCGGCCAAGACUAAAGAUGGUAGGCCCCUGAAAAUGAGGACCCAGCCCAAGUUUGAUAACCCAGAGGACGAGAGAUUGUAUCGAAAACAACACCUUGCUGCGGCCUGUCGAGUGUUUGCUUCCCGGGGAUUUGACGAGGGUGUUGCUGGCCAUAUUUCUGUCAGGGAUCCCAUCCUAACUGACCAUUUUUGGCUGAACCCGCUAUGCCGCCAUUUCUCUCUGAUGAAGGCCUCUGAUCUCAUCCUCGUUGAUGAAGAGGGUAAUGUUGUUGAGGGCGACGAACCCAUCAACUUAACCGCUUUCACCAUCCACGCUGCUAUCCACAAGGCCCGGCCUGACGUCAACGCCGCUUGCCAUGCGCACAGCGUGGCAGGCAAAGCAUUCUCCGCCUUCGCUCGAGAUCUUGAGCCAAUUACACAGGAUGCACUACGUUUCUAUAAAGACCUCGCUAUUUACAAACAGUUUAAAGGCGCUGUUGUCGACGACGAGGAGGGCGAGCGCAUCGCCGAGGCCCUCGGAAACUGCAAGGCGGCUAUUCUGAUGAACCAUGGCCUUCUUACCGUCGGAGGGACGGUCGACGAGGCUGCGUUCUGGUUCCUUAGCCUGGACAAGUCAUGCCAGGCCCAGCUCAUGGCCGAUGCCGCCGCCGCUGCAGGAUACAAGAAGAUAUUCAUCGACGAACAAGAGGCCGAGUAUACAGCAAAGCAAGUCGGCGGGCCGGAAAAAGGCUGGCUUGCUUUUCAACCCUACUUUGAUGAGCAGGUGGCCAAGUCAAAUGGUGAACUUCUAAAUUAG